AUGAUGCAACCUGCAAGUGUGCUUGUGCUAGUUUUCUUUUCAAUGUUUGUUUCUCAACCUUUGCUGUCUCAAAUAGAUCAAAAAAAAAGAGAAUCCAUAGAGUUUGUAACUAUGAGCCAAGCUUUGGGGAUACCAGACUGUGGAUUAUUAAUAUAGGUAACAACUGCAGUAGAUCUAGAUCUCAAUCAACUUAUGGAUAAAUUGUAACCGGAUAAUAGUCAAUCUUUCAUGGACUUCACAGAUAGUUGUUUUGCUGGCAAGAAUAUCCAUUUCUUUGAAGAAGUAUAUGAGCUUGGCAAGAUACCUCUUGAUGAUCCUAUAAGAAGAAUUUUCAUGGAAAGGCACAUCACUGAGAAGUACAUUUUUACCAAAUCUAAAAUAAAAAUAAAUGUAUCUGACAGGAUCCAUCAAAAAAUACUAAGCAUCUUGGAUCUUGCUCACUCUAAUCUCUUCAACGAUACAGUAAAUGAGAUGAUGCUACUGAUGAAAAUGAAUUUGUUGAAAGAUCACCGGUCAUCUAUGCACUUUGUGAAGUUCAAAGAAGAAAAUCUAAAACAACCUGAUAAUUUUGAGCCAGAGGUAUGGGAUCUCUCUCUAAGACUAAAUUGUGUGUGGUGUACUAACAAUCAAUUUAAAAUGUAUCUCGAGAUGCAAAUGUGA